AUGCACGAGAUAGUUGAUGACGAGUAUCCGAGGUUGAUGUUUGAGUUCAAGCAAUUCAGCGAGCUAACCGACCCCGAAACAAUUGAUCCUUCCACACCUUUUGGGGCUGCCAUCAAACUUGCACACUAUGGGAAGGAUAUGUGGAUAUGCUUCUACCUGCCUACAAAAAGAUCUAUUUUAGUUUCCAACAUUUAUGAUGUUACAAAAUUGAUAGUCUCGAGUGAUGUUCCUGACAUUGUUGAUUUCAAUCAAAGGUCUAUCAUGUCUAACGUAUGUGACGACUUGCAAUCCGGAAUUGCUCCUAUCAUACGUGUUGCGGACUUUUAUGCGUCUGAAGAGGAAAAUGAUGGAUCAGAUCUACCACUUGACCUUGAGCUUUUGAAAAACAAAAUGCUAUUGUUCAAGGUUUCAAAGAAAAAGGAUCAAUUUGGAUCAUACAUUGGUCCUUCUACUAUUUCUCGAAUAACAGCCGAUCAUAUUUUGGUCAGUCGUCUGGUUUUUUGGUCAACAUCUCCCAGCCAACGUAUACACAGCUUGGCAUCCGGAUGCUUAUCCCAAAAGUUCAAAGAAUUUAAACUUCUGGAAGGCAAUAUCACGAGAUCACAAAUUUUGAACUUGUGGAGGACAAAAGUGCAUUCAACUGAAUUGCAUGUACUCGUAAUACAACUUUCUCAUGCAAAGUCAUUUGAUGAUGGAUCUGUUUUAGUUUCUAAGAUUUAUGAUGCUACAAAAUUGAUAGUCCCGAAUGAUGUUCCUGAUAUUGUUGAUUUCAAUCAAAGGUCUUUCAUGUCUAAUGUAUAUGACGACUGGAAAUCCGGAAUUGCUCCUAUCAUAAGUGUUGCGAACUUUUACGCGUCUGAAGAGGUAUCAACCAAAAAUAAAUUUGGAUUUGUGAUCCCAUUGUUAAUAUUUGGAGAGAUUGGUUUUUCAAUUCUUGCCCAAAUAGCGUUCAAAAAGUCGAGCGCAAGAAAGAGAGAUUUUGGUGCAACUAUUGCAAAGACUCCAUUCCCUUUGCAAUUCUUAGAUAGGUACAAGCUGCAUAUUUCAGUUGGGGACAACGCCGGAAUGGUUCGCCUUUUGUGUCGGGACAAAGUUGCUCGAGAGUUAGUUGGAAAACCAUGUGAUGUUGUGGAUUCUGACCAACACUCCAUAUUGAUCAACGAAUAUUAUGAAGCUGGUCAAGGCCAGCGUAUACACGGCUGGGCACCCGGAUGCUUAUCCCAAAAGUUCAAAGAAUUUAAACUUCUCAAAGGCAAUGUGUACGAGAUCACAAAUUUUGAACUUGUGGAGGACAAAAGUGCAUUCAAGGUAACCAAAUUAAGUCACAAGUUCAUUUUCUACAAAGAAACUAACAUGCGCGAGAUAGUUGAUGACGAGUAUCCCAGGUUGAUGUUUGAGUUCAAGCAAUUCAGCGAGCUAACCGACCCCGAAACAAUUGAUCCUUCCACACCAUUUGCUGGAUACAAACAGCCAGCAGCUGAAUACAACCACCCAACAACUGCAAAAAAAGGGAGGACAGGUCAAAAGACCGCCUAG